CUUAGACACUUGUGAACUUAUUGGUCCUGACAAUCAUAUGCAAACACUCGUACAACUGUUACAGAGGUAAAUAAAAAAAAAUACCCGGGAAUAAGAUGGCCUUUUACAAUGGGAUAUACCCAUUCUAUCCUCAGGACAGGAUGCCCUUUGUCUUCAACAUGCAGUCAGUUGUUGUCAUUAUUGUCUUUUUGAUUUUGGCCCUGGCUUUCAUCCUUAUUGUCCUCGGGAUCCGCGGCAAAGCAAGAAUAUUCUGGACGUGCAGAAUUUUAACAAGUCUGUUUAUCGGAGCAGUUACUGUGGCUGUUAACUUCACCGCAGACUGGGAGGUGGGCGUAGUUAAUGCUACAACGACAUAUAAGUCCUUCAGUAAUGCUGUGGUGAAUGCAGAUAUUGGAGUUUAUGUUGGACUCAAAGGCAUCAAUGUCACUCUGAAAGGUAAUCCUAUUCAUCAAAUUAAUGAAACAAUAAAUUACAAUGAACAGUUUAUAUGGAGUUUUGGUCAAGAUUUCAAUGAAUAUUACCAAGAAGGACUUAAAAAAGGCCUGCCGAAUCCAAUUUUGUACAUCGCAGAAAAGUUCUCGCACUAUAACCCAUGCGGUUUGUUCGCACAGUAUAGAUUGUCUGCACAUUAUGCUGGAGCAUGUAUGUGGGUGGCAUUCUGCUCAUGGGUUAUCUCCAAUAUACUUUUCUCCUUCUCGGUUUUCAUAUAUGGAGCUUAUAUGAUCCUUGUUACCGCAUCUUUUUUUAUAUUCUCAUUACUAUCAUUUUCAACCGUACGGAAUGUUGGGUUUUGCGACAUCAAAUUUGGAGCCGAGUCCCUGACGACGUACUACGGAGGAUCUUUCUGGCUUACUCUCGCAACUGGUCUGCUCUGUUUUGUAAUUGGAUUUACACUAAUUGCGAUGAACGUAUUUAUUCCUGAGAAGCUGAAGAUAUUUUUUGAUUCUUCUGAGGGGGAGGAAGAAGAUUAUGACUCAGCGGAAAUAUACAUAAAUAACAAUUGUUCACAUGUCCCUAACUCAAAUAUUGUAUAACUGCCAAUAUGAAUAGUGGACAUUUCAUAAAUUAAUUUCAAGAAGAACUGCACUUUUCAGUGAGUCAGUGGUCUACUUCUUUAUGAAUUCUUCACCAGUGUAGAUGCAAGCAUACCUCAUCUUCUGAAGUCCAUCAUACCUAUCAAGCUUCUGGGAAGCUGUAGUACCAAUGAUUCAUUUUCAUAUGAAGAGUUACUAAAAGUGAUUUAUGGAGACAACCCUCUCCAUUUCAUUAUAUACUUGAACAAAGUCUUCUGUGAGGACUAUACAAGUAGCAUAUUGUAUGAGUUAUGCACUAUUUUGUAAAUGUAA